AUGUACAUACAGUAUUUAAGAGAAGAAGACGAAAGUAAUUAAUUAGCAUGCUAGAAUGAUAAUAAUUAUUAUUAAAUUUUUACUAAUAAUUCAAAUAGAAUGGAAAUAAAAAAAUCAAAUAAAUAAAUAAAUUUAUUAAAUAGUGUUUGUUUGUUUGUUUGUUAACUUUUUUUCUAAAAUUAGCAUCAAAGAUAAAAUCGUAAAAGAUCAAGCUUAUUUUCAAAAAUAAAAAAAAAUAAAGUGAUAAUUAAAAAUAGCUAAUAAAACUGA